AUGUCGCCCUUCGAAUGGCGUCCCGUGUCCCUUCUCCGGAAAACAGAGCCCGAGAGCAGUGUGGAUUACUCGCUCCUUGUGUUGAACCAGCCAGUGAGGCAGUCCGAGGUGUUCGACUCGCUGUGGACUAAUGCUCUCAUUCGAGUCGCAGCCGACGGCGGCGCGAAUCGGCUUCAUGACCUGAACAAGGCAGGGCACUCAAAAUACACCAAUCUCGACGCCAUCGUUGGUGACCUGGAUUCGCUGGAACCCACAGUCAGAGAUUUCUACACAGGCCAGCCAAAGCCCACUGAGAUCGUCCAGAUGACGGACCAAAUCUCGACCGACUUCACCAAAGCCGUCAACUGGAUCCGGUCGAAGCUCGACUCCAAGGUCGAUAUAGUUGCUCUUGGAGGCCUCGGCGGCCGCGUGGAUCAGGGUCUCAGCCAGGUGCACCACCUGUACCUCUUCCAACCAGGCCCCGACUACUCGAACGGUAAGAUCUACCUCGUUUCUGGCCAGAGUCUGACGUUCCUGCUUCUUCCCGGCCGCCACCACAUCAGGGUCCGCGAGGGCGGCGCCGACGUCUUUGCAAAGUACGUUGGCAUCAUCCCCGUUGGGGGAACGAGCUACAUCACCACAAAGGGCCUCGAGUGGGACGUCGAGAACUGGGAGACCAAGUUUGGAGGUCACAUCAGCACGAGUAACCACGUGUUACCAGAGACCGAGGUGGUCGAGGUCGAGACAACGAACACGGUGCUUUUCACCAUUGCCCUCGCGGGCAUCGAAUAA